AUGCUGGUAUCGCCAAAAGAUCGACCUGAGAGGACCUUGGUGAAGCCAGGAUAUAGUAAGAUUGUUGAGACGUGCGCGAGAGCUGCUUCCUCUCGUUACAAGCUACCAUAUGCAUGGAUCGACACAUGCUGCAUCAACAAGGCUAGCAGUGCAGAAUUGAGCGAGGCCAUCAAUUCGAUGUUCCGAUACUACAAGGAGGCUGUAGUGUGCUUUGCUUAUCUCGCCGAUGUCACAGACAGCGGAUACUCGUUCAAUGCGUCGAGGUGGUUCAGACGCGGCUGGACUUUACAAGAGCUCAUCGCGCCCAAAGAUCUUGUCUUCUACGGUCGCAGGUGGGAUUUUCGAGGCACCAAAGCGACCAUGGCUGGCCGGAUCACAGAGAUAACUGGCAUACCAGAUGCUAUCCUCAAGCACGAGGCAGAGUUGAGCGAAAUUCCUGUUGCACAGCGUUUCUCGUGGGCAUCCGAACGUAAAACCACCAGGGAAGAAGACGUUGCGUACAGUCUGCUCGGUAUCUUUGACAUAAACAUGGCCAUGCUGUAUGGAGAAGGCUCAAAAGCGUUCAUCCGCUUGCAGGAACAAAUUCUCAGUGAGAACGCGGAUGACUCAAUCUUCCUGUGGAACGAGCCAUUUUCCUAUCACAAACUCACGGGGAUUCUUGCUACUCAUCCGAAGAGCUUCCGUCAGAUGCGUUCGAUCAUCGCAGAGCCAAGCUUUCGGCCUCGCGACUUUCACCUCACGAAUAGGGGUGUACGCCUCAAACUCGGUCUUGCCUGGGAUGAUGACACGGGACUUGCCAUAUUUCCUGUCAAACAUUCACUUGGUACUGCUGGUAAACCCGCUGGUGUGUACCUUAGAAGAGUCGGCACAGAUUUGUUUGUCAGAGCACGGCCGCAAGACUGCCCUACCGUGAAGGCUGAAGUGACCUACACUGAGUUUACUGCGGUAAAAUCACUGACGGGCAAGCAAGCCACGACGAUUCUGGACACAGUCAUGCGAGUAGUAAAACCCGCUGAUGUCCGCAUCACCCGAGUCGUUCCACAAGGUCUAUGGGACCCGGCUUCGCAGUUCCUUCACGCUACUCAUACUGGCGCAAUCCUAGGAUACCUGGAGUUUAAGAAAGAUCCAUAUCCCCCGUUUGCAUUCAUCUUCUUCUUCAGGAAUGGCCAUUGGUCUGCCACAGUGGUCAAAGGAGAGGAAUGGCUAUCGAUACAGAAAAGCAACUUUUACAGCCAUUAUAAGCACAACUUAGAUGAGCUAAGAUAUUUUGACACUAUGGGGGAUGCGAGAAUGAGCAAAAUCGAAAGAGUACCGCCUAAUUCAAAAGUACUCACGGUGCACAUGCGGGUUGCGCGAGGUACAGGACGACCACAUCUUGAGAUACAAGAAAUAGAGAGAAAAGGUAGAACGUCUUAA